CUCAGCUGCUGCCGCGGUGGUAAAAGAUACCGAAUUUCGUUUUUCUGCUUUCUCUCCGAGCAUUAUUCGCCCUGCGUGUUACGUUGUGCGGGCUCAAAAUUCAAAACGAAAAGAAAAUCCUCCAUUCUGUACAACCGCACCGUGUUAUUCGUCUUCGUUUCUGAGCGCAACUCGUGAAUCAAUCGUCCUAGUAACCACCAUUCGUGCGACGUACAUUAGAAAACUGUGGAGAAAAAAAAAUUGAAACGAAAAUAAAUCGGCCAGCGCACACGGUCGUCAUCGUGUCGUGACCUUUCCGAGUGCCAUUAGCACGCCACCGGACUUCGGUCUUUUCCUGCGUUAGAGAAACGCACCGCGCGAUCCCUUAUUCUGCAUUUGGAAGAAUUAUUUCUUCAUUUUUUGAGAAGUAACCCAACAUGGAAAACUAAAAGAAAAAAUGAUGCCCCAACGCAAAGAAGAUCUGUCUUUUGCAAGCAGCGCAAGCAGCAUCUGCCGUUACCGUACGGCACCCAUCGGUGGGGAAAUCGCCCCACGGGACGAAGAAGCGGAAGUGUCCGGGUGUAGUGUAGUGCUGAGAAAUUGUUUUGCAGUCGGUGUAACAGGUUUUAUCAAUGGAGAAGAAUCGUUUUGUCAACCAAAGUCUGUCCAAGGGGCAGCUUUCUGAGACGAAAAAGAAUCAAGAUGCAUCUGUUAAGUGGCCCCGUCAAUCGAAACGUCGCGGCGACCAAUCGGAAAACGGUAAUCAUCGUAACGCAACCAGCAACGGUAGCAGAGCAGCGAACGGGAAUAAAACCCGCAAUCCGAGUAACUACAAUUACGAUGCUAGGCAACGGGCAAGCCAACGCCCUGCAAAACCACCGGAACAGCAAAUCGCGCCAUCGUAUGACGACGACGACGAUGACGAGACCGGCGACCAACUGGGAGGUGAAGGUUCCGCUGGGCGAACCACCGGACUAGCGACCAGCACUAGAUCGAACCUGCCCAUGCGUGGCGGGGGUGAACUACAUUCGGUGUUUUCGCCUGGUUCGAAGAAACAAAGCUUGAACCAUUUGCUAAACUUUCACUAUGCCCCCCGAGAGCGGGAUCAACCGGCAAGGCUUAGCCGGACUGGGAACGUCCGCAGGACACAGUACACAGCCCAACACCACAGCUACAACAAGGAGCAAUUCCUGCAGGCCAACUGCCAGUUUGUGGUGCGCGCCGGCGAAAACUAUGAUUUGUUCCGGGCCUCACCGGACCAGCUGGUAGAGUGGUCAAAAAUCGAACAGAUUCACGUGCUGAGCGCCGAGGAACCGCAGUGUCCGAUUUGUCUGUAUCCACCGGUCGCGGCUAAGAUGACCAAAUGUGGGCACGUCUACUGCUGGCCCUGCAUCCUUCACUACCUGGCCCUGUCCGAUAAGGCGUGGCGCAAGUGUCCGAUUUGUUAUGACGCGAUCCAUUUGCCGGAUCUACGAUCGGCGGUUUCAAAACCGUUCCACGCGUACGGUACUGGCGAGUAUGUGACUCUGCAGUUGAUGCGGCGCGAAAAAGGCAGCAUGAACGUCGUAGAGGUAACCGGCGGUGCCGCAAACGGAACCGACGGUUCUUUGUCACCGACGACGAACGAUCAAAUACCGCACUUUGAUGCGAUCGCUGGCAAUAGCACGCUCACGAAGCUACUACUAACCGAUACGGUGCAAAUGUUCAAGAUAAUGGACCGUGAGCGUGUGGAACUGCAGAAUCAGAUCGUGGCCGACGGAGGAGCCGAUGCACCGGAGAACAUUUUCGUUCAGCAAGCGCUCGAUUUACUCGCAGAACGGCGCAACGUACUAAUGGCCGCGGAAUUGAUAGAAUUCCCAGCUUCGCGUAAUGCCCUUGCAACGACGCCCAAAAGUGACGAUGGCGAUAGCGUCUCCUCGCAGGCUGAUUCCGAAGAGACGAACGGCAACGCAAGGAAGUCUACCGGCAGCAAUAUCGCUUCGAUCGAUUUCAUAAUCGACGAGGAAAACAACUUCUCCGUGAGCGAUAUCGAGAUUGUACCGACUGCGCAGUGUGCCGGGGAGCACUAUUACUUCUACCAAUCGGUCGACGGCCAGCCACUGUUUCUGCACUCGAUCAACAGUCGCAUGCUCCAGAGCAUGUACGGAAGUCUGGAUCGUGGCCCGCGACGUGUCACGGGCCGGGUCGUUCAGAAGGACAGCUGCUCGAUGGAUGAGAACUUACGCCGUCGGCUGAAGUAUCUUCAACAUCUUCCGGUUUGCACGCAGUUCGAAGUCGUCGAGCUGGAUUUUGAAGCUUCCGGCUCAAUUGUAUCGGCAGAAGUGAUGGCCCAGUUUCAGGAGGAACUUGCUACAAGACGGCGCAACCGGCAGCGUCGAGAACGGGCCGAACAGAAGCGCGAGAAAAAAAUAUUCGAGUUCAACGAACGGCAGCUUGGUAAGGCGAUGGCACGUUCCGCGCGCAUUUCCAUCGAUUCUACUAAACAUUUUCCGAUGUGUGGAAGUGUAGAGUCGCCGGAAAACCCCUCACUUCUCGGAACCAGCCCUGUUGCCAGCGAUGUGUCAAACUCUCCCGGUAGUAGCGCUUCAUCUUGGUCCAAGAUGGUUUCCACACAGCCAUCUCCCAGUCAACGUUGGCCAGCCCUUGGAGUUGAUAAUGCGCCCGUUGUUGCACCUCCGAAAAUAGUGCAGGUUACUGGCAGAAGCAUGACGGCCGGCCCGAGCAGCAGCCACGGAGCAUGGCAUCUUCGGCCACCGUCCGACAUCGAUGACGAUGAAGACGACGAGGACGCAGCUCGAGCUCCGCGCUUCAACAACAGUCUGGGCAGUGCAAUCGAAGCUGCGCUCGAACAAGCCACCCACAAAUCGCAGCCAAAAAGCGCGAAGAAGUUGCAACCUGUAGCUGCAGUUCCGAUGGCUCCAUCAGCAUCUGCGGUCAACACCUCGUCUUCGAACGUUGUUGGUAAACGUAAGAAAAGCAAAAAAAUUCUUCUGGUCGCAUCCGGUGUCAAUCUGUGAAGUAGGCUGCAAAGUGAAUCCGCCAUCCGAUCACGAACGUGAUGCGCUUGCUUUGGUUGUUCUUCAAUUAACGAGGGUUUAUUAUGUUCAAUCGCAGGCCGUAAGUGAGGUGCCGACAAAUUUUCUUUCAAAUUCUACGUUUGGCAUAAAGUGCUGCGCGUAAUUUAAAAGCGACGGAAGGCAACCGAAAUUUAAUUUUGAAAUGUUUCGGGUUGGAUGCUGUGUUAUGUUUCAAACAAAAAUUCAUAUAAAAAAUAUGUAUCCAUAACGAAUAAUAAAUACAAAGUAUAAUAACCCA